AUGCGUGAUCUCAUCGUGAAAUUGUUCUCAAUAAGCACCUCGUAUGAAGAUGGCAGCCAUAUCUCGCCGAAGAUGUACGCGAUCCUAUUAUUGAUCCGGAGCUCAUUUGCAAUCGUUGCGAUAUUGGUAGCCCGGCGUGUCCGCAGCAAAUUUGUCCUCUACUCAGAGACGAGGCUUUGUAAUGUGCUACUUGGGUUUUAUCUUGUUGGGCUCCUCUCGUUCACUCUAGCUCAAUCGCUUCUAUGGGGACUCAGCUACGAUGCGGACAUCGACACGUCACCUUGCUAUGUGGAUUUGUGCUUGGACACAGUACUAGUGAUGUUUGUCGUCUCCAACGGCAGAUCUAUAUCGUACCGUCAUGUGGUUGUAUUCAACGUCCUCGCCCUGUUUAUAGUGUCCAUAACUACACUGGUGUCUCUGCAGAGGUAUCACCAGGACGCUGCAAAGUUAAAUUCCUGGUUCAAAACGGGCUACCCGAUUGUACUUACGUACUUCUCAGUUGUGGCAAACAUCAUCGCAUCACAUAGUGUCAAAUUCUUCACGCGGCGACAGAUUUGGCUUAAGACCCGUACUCAGUUGGAGACGAUGAAUGCGGAUCGACUACUGUACCAAAUGUUGCCAGCUGCUGUCGUCAUGCGGUUAAAAGAGGGAGACAUGGUUUGCGACCAGCAUCAGCAAGUGGGGAUUCUGUUUUCAGACAUCAAGGGGUUCACGUCUAUCGCUUCACAAGCUGCCACAGCACAAGUUGUGAACAUUUUAGCCUCACUCUUUUGUGCGUUUGAUAAACUGACCGAGAAGCACGGGGUGUUCAAGAUGCAGACCAUCCGAGACGCUUACGUGAUUGUUUCAGGUCUACCGUAUGCGGACAUGAGCCUGGAUUCUGAUCUAGUGGUAAAUGUCGAUAUGUCGAAUGCAGAUACAGGGACGAGUAAUGCACUAGGAUAUCUCAGUGACACUUUGCGAGGGUCCAGCAUCAAAUCAUGGCCGCCUCGAUUGCGACGUAAUACAUUGAGAAAUAAAAAACACAAAAAUCAACUGCACUUGCGGAGUCACAUUCGAGAUCUGCUUGCUAUGGCCCGUGACAUGCAUAAGGAGACUACACUUUGUUAUGACAAGUGGGGUCCAGACGCACUCACGGCCAACGAGCUCGAAUCCAAUGGUGUUCCCGAAAAGAUUCUUGUAAGUUUUGUUGUGCAAGAAGUCGUCAAGGACAUGCCCGAUAUUCGUUGCACACCCUACCGCACGAUGAACUUUACUAACGUCCCUAUGAUGCCACCUAUUUCGUCGAUUUUGUUGAGCCCGAUGGAAAAAUUAGUGACAACAGCACCAUUCUAG